ACAGUAAGCGGAUUGAGUCAGCCUUCAGUCAGCGAAACUGUCAUGAUAGCAUUCAGACACCUGUCUUUCAGUGCAUAACAUUACUCUUUCCUCUUCAGCCACGAUGCUUGCCAUAUUUACAAAGAUCAAAGACCGCGUCGAGGCUUUUUUGAACGAGAAGAAUAUAGUCACUGACUGUCUUAAUAAAAUCGAAGAAAAAACAGGAAUCAAGAAACGUUAUUUAGCGCUCGGUGCUGUUGGUGUGACUGGAGCGUAUUUAUUAUUUGGAUACGGCGCUUCUCUGCUCUGUAAUCUGAUUGGUUUUGUGUAUCCUGCAUAUUACUCUAUCAAAGCCAUAGAAAGUCCUGAUAAGGAGGAUGACACACAAUGGCUGACGUACUGGGUAAUCUACAGCUUCUUCAGUGUGGGAGAAUUCUUCUCUGACAUUUUUCUCCACUGGUUUCCUUUCUACUAUGUUUGUAAGUGCUUGUUCCUGUUGUGGUGCAUGGCUCCGGUCUCCUGGAAUGGUUCUCAGGUUCUGUACAGGUAUGCGGUGCGGCCAUUUUUCCUGAAGCAUGAAGCCAGAGUAGACGAGAUAAGCGGGAAGGCCAUGUCAGCAGCUGAGAACGUCACCAGAGAGGUUCUUCACACUCUGGUGAGAAACCGGGCUGUUGGCCCUGCUGAGCCUGAAGCCAAAAGACUGCCCAGUUCUGCUUUUACUGAACCCACUGUUGAUUAAAUGGUGGCUAAAGUGAUCUGAGGAUGGCACCAACAUGCAAGAGAUGCAGCAUCACGUUGAGGACAGACUCAUAUGGUCUCAUCGUAAAGACCUCAGUGAAUCGAUGCCUGAUUUUUAGACAGCUAUUGUCAGGAGUUGAUUUUUGAACUUUAUAGUUUAAUAAUCUGGUGUAUUUAUUAAUAUGUCCUGAACACAUCUAUUUUUGGCAGUAAUUAUAUGCUCACUGUUCAUAUAAAUUUGUCCAGAUUGUAUAAAUGUAUUCAGCAAUUAAACAUAGCUAAACUGUUGGAAAUUCAACAGACAACAUUGUUUUGUUUUGUAUUCAUUGCAUCUGUGAUCUGAUUAUUAUUAUGAAAUAAAAUGUAAGUUUUCAAAUUUCAAUAAACUUUU